AUGAUGUGGAAGGUCCAGACCACCGUGAAGAGAAAGCUGCUGGUCAUCGCUUUGUUUGGAACUCGGAUCAUUGUUCCUAUUCUAUCAAUCCCGGGACUCAUCAGCACGCACACCCUCGUCACGGACUACGAGGACAGCACUUGGCACGCUGUACCACACGUCAUCUGGCUGCAGUGCACCCUGGGCCUUUCUGUGAUGACAGCCUGCAUCCCGAGCCUGAAAGGAGUCAUCGACAGUCUCAUGGGCUCGACGUCUGUGGCCACGAUUCAGGCGCCUUACCAACUGACCGCGUCAGGCGGGGAUGAGAGCGGCAGGCUCCACGCCACAGCGAUCGUCGGAGAAACCAACUCGCGAUAUGGAUCACAUCUGACGAGUGGAGCUGCGAAAUCGAGAGCUACACGAAGCAAAUCCUUACGCCCAUCCGAUUGGCCAGUUGCGGUACAGGGACUUGUCCACGACAGUCGGAAAGACAAGGAGGAGGGGGCUUACAGAACCGAGAGUAAUGAGGAUCUGGUACCACAGCGGCAUGAGAGCCGAUCAAGUUCUCAUGAGGGAUCAUACAAGUCCUCAGAGGCUGGCUAUCGGUUGUAA